AUGGUGGUUGCUAACACGGUUCUUUUUAUCAUCUUCAUAUCGUCGAGAUUCUCUCGAAUCAACAAGAAAAUGGCACCAGAACCCUCCAGAGCAUGGUCUAUAAUCGGUCACCUUCACUUGCUAGGCAAAUCGGGCCAAGAACUUGAUGCAACAUUCGGUUCAAUGGCAGACAAGAUAGGUCCAGUGUUCACCAUCUGGUUCGGUUCAAGGCAAGCCCUCGUCGUAAACAAUGGUGAACUAGCCAAAGAAUGUCUCAUCACCAAUGAUAAGGUGUUUGUGAAUCGUCCAGAAUUGAUGGCCACGGAAUACAUCAGCUACAAAUAUAUCGGGUUUGGUUUUACCCCGUAUGGUUUGUUUUGGCAAGAGAUGCGAAAACUGGUCUUGCUCCAAAUGUUGUCCAAGAGAAGGCUAGUCAACAUUAGCAAAAACUUUGUGGCAGAAGUGAAAGAAUCAAUCAGGGAAGUGUAUGAUCGUAGCAGAGGAGAAUCGGGAGCAGUGGUUGAGAUGAAUACUUGGAUUGGAGACAUAGCAAUGAACGCGUUACUACGAGUUCUAGUUGGAAAAAGGAUAUCGGACAUGAAGGUAGACCAAAGGAAGAGUUGCCAAAAAUGUUUGAGAAAAAUGUUCGAAACAUUUGGUUCAUUAUCCCUUGGGGAUUCCAUUCCUAGGCUAAGGCGGGUGGAUUUGGAUGGUAAGGAAAGAGCCAUGAAGAAGGCGGUUCAAGAGGUCGAUGGUUGGCUUCAAUUGUGGCUCGACGAGCAUCGAGAAAGAAGAAAAAACCGGGUUUCAUCCAACAAAGAAGAAGAAGAUGAAGAUCUUAUGGACGUCCUACUAACUGUUGUUGAAGAGGGUCAAUUCGCAGAAGAGUCUAUGCAGUUUGGUCUCCAGUUCGGCGUGGAUAUACUAAUCAAGAGUAAUUGCCUGGGUCUAAUUCUAGGGGGAAUAGACACAACAUCUAUAGGAAUUGUCAAUACAAUAACUUUAUUGGUGAAGAACAGGGACUCGCAUCAAAAGGCACAAGAAGAAAUAGAUUCCCAUGUCGGUCUUGAAAGACAGGUAAAUGAAACUGAUAUCGAAAAGUUAGUCUACCUCCGGUGCGUAUUGAAAGAAAGCAUUAGACUCCAACCAGCAGCUCCACUUCUUCCUGCCCGUGAAUCAGUCCAGGAUUGCACCAUCGGUGGUUACCAUGUCCCAAAAGGGACCAUACUCAUAGCCAACCUCAAGAAAAUCCAGCGCGAUGAAACUGUUUGGAGCGACCCAUUUGAUUUCAAGCCCGAGAGGUUUCUAAUGGACACUCACAAGAAUGUUGAAUUCGAAGGCCAUCAUUUCGGGGUGAUUCCAUUUGGAAGUGGUAGGAGAGAGUGCGCAGGGAUCUCUUUUGCAGUUAAACUUACUGAAAUUGUCAUUGCCUCCUUUCUACAAGCUUUCACUGUUUCCUUGCCAUCACCAUCUCCAUUGGACGAGGACUGUGACCAAAUGAAAAGGAUCUUGUCGAACCCUCUCGAACUCAUCUUGACUCCUCGCUUGUCUACAAGUGUAGUUGCCAUGAAUAAAGAGUAG